AGUGGAAGUAGUUAAGUUUAAUAAAUGUAGGUGCUUCAAUUCGUGAAUAAGGACAUUUUUGUCAUCAAGUACUUACAAUAGAAAUUUGAACACAUUUGUUAGUGUCACAGCAACGUAUUGGUGUUAGUAGAAAAGCCAAUUAUAUAUUGAUAGAAGACGAGAGAAUAUCUAGGAAACACUGUCGGUAAUUGAAAAUGGACCAUUGCGAAAAGAAAAAGAGGAAAAGAAACCCUCGUGAAACAGCGAAUAUACUUUCUUUACUGACCUUUGCAUAUACAGGGAGUCUUUUCAAAAGAGGGUAUAAAAAAGGUGAUCUCGAUGAAGAUGACUUAUAUGAGGUGAUCAGCAGGUGUAAUUCAAAAAAGUGUGGAGAUAAAGUAGAGAAGUUGUGGGAGAGCUAUCAAGAGAGAAAUAUCCAACCUUCCAUAUACAGACUUAUGUGGAGUGGAUAUGCUAAAAGAUACUUACUUUGGGGAUGUGUGGAAGUAAUUUGGAAAAUUAUCAAGAGUAUAAUGGAACCAGAUGCAGUGAGUAACUUGGUAGGUUACUUCAAUCCUGGUCAAACAGAGAUCACAAAGUUUGAUGCUUACUAUUACGCCUCCCUAGUACUGAUCAUCAACAUAGUCGAGAGCACGUUCUAUCACAACUACGACUUAGUUCUUAUUACAAUUGGUUUUGAGGCUAAAACGGGUUUCAGCUCUUUCUUGUACAGGAAAGCUUUGAAACUCACACCGGAAGCCUUCUCUGAUAUAUCAUUGGGAAACUUGUUCACCUUGUUAACCAAAGAUGUACAGGCAUUCGUUUCAUUCGUUUUCGUGUUGAAUGACAUGUGGAUCGGUGCAAUACAGUCUCUCCUGAUUUGUUACUUAAUAUAUGCGAAAGUUGGAGCUGUUUCUUUGAUUGGGAUAGCGGUACUACUAAGCUCAAUACCAAUAGAACUUUAUUUGGGUAGAUGGAUAAAAAAACUAACACUAGAAACUAGCAGGAGAACAGAUGAAAGACUGCAAAUUACCCAAGAAGUAUUUUCUAUAAUCCGAAUUAUUAAAAUGUUCACGUGGGAAGAUUAUUUCACAAAUAGAAUCAACUUGGCAAGAAAGAAAGAAAUGAAGAAAACUCUUAUCAUCUUCUACCUCAUGUUUGUAAUGAUUGCAAUUGGCAUCCUCUUUUCAAAAAUUGGCUUUUAUGUACUUUUGAUGGCUUAUAUUUGGAUGGGUUAUUCCUCAGACACCUCUUUAGUAUUCUACAUAAUGUCAGUAUUCAAAGAAAUGAGGCAUUUCUUAGGAGAGCUGGUACCUAUCAGUAUUGGAUCAACAUGUGAAUUCUCAGCGUCCUUAACACGAAUUGAACAGGUUCUACAUGCCAAAGAAUUGCCUAAAAGAGUUGAAAGAGUUGAUACAGAUAAUGACAGCUCAAUAUUACAAUUGAAUCGAGCUACAGUACGUUUUGGGAAUGAAGAAAUUUUAAGAAAUAUCACGUUAGAUGUAAAGCCUGGAUUAACAGUAAUAACUGGUCCACUAGCUUGUGGAAAAAGUUCCCUGCUGAAGGUUUUUCUCAGAGACUACCCUUUAACUGAGGGUGAGUUGAUUACAGCUGGACGGGUUUCCUAUGCUUCUCAAGAUCCAUGGUUAUUUCCAUCCUCUAUUAAGCAGAAUAUUCUCUUCGGGCAGACCCUAGAUGAAGGCAGGUACCAAGACGUUCUUCGAAUGUGUGCCUUGGAUUUCGACUUGAGCGUUUUCGAGAAGGGGGAUGAAACUAUAGUAAACGAUAAAGGGAUGAAUUUGAGCAAAGGUCAGCAAGCUCGUAUCAAUUUAGCUAGAGCUAUAUAUAAACAGAGCGACAUAUAUCUUCUGGACGAUUCUUUGUCGGCUCUCGAUACACAUGUCAAAGAUUUCAUUUACAAUGGUUGCAUAAAGAGUUAUUUGAAGGGCAAGGUUUGUAUCCUUAUCAGCCAGUCUGCUAGUCAUAUACAGAAUGCCGAUUACUUGGUGAUAAUGGAUAGAGGAGGGAUACAAUAUUUUGGUGAACCACAUAAAGAUGUUUUGAAAGAAAUAUUAGUUGAAGACGAUGACAUAGAUUGUGUGGAAUCUAGAGUAAAUGUUGCGAAUGGAAAACAUUUUGAGAUGCCAGUGAAAUCCUCCAAAAUCAAAGUUUAUGGUGAAAUAAAUAAGACAGGUCACGUCGAUUACGCUGUCUAUCCAAAAUACGUUAUUUUUGGUGGAGGUUCUUUGCUGUUGUUGUUCAACUUAGUUUUAUUUGUUAUUAGUCAAACUGGGGAUAGUUAUACUGACCAACUAUUAACAAAAUGGGUAGAUGAAAAACAAUACGUUCUCAACAUGGUAUCCAAUUUCACAAAUAUACACAACAAAUCUUCUACUGAGGAGUUGUAUCAAAAUAGUGAGUUCAAGGAUGCCGAAUCACGAGAAAAAAAUACUUUCAAUAUUUUUUCAAUCAUGAUGAUGUCAACAGUUGGGCUGGCUCUAGUGAAAACAUACGUUUUCUUCGAUUUUAGUCGGAGGGCUUCAGUAAAUAUUCACAAAGCCAUGAUACAAAAUGUCGUACAUGCAAUGACGUCAUUUUUUGAUACCAAUUUCAUUGGGAAUGUCCUCAACAGAUUUUCUAAGGAUUUGGUGAAUAUCGAUGAACGGUUACCAUUUUCAAUAAGCAACUUGAUCAGCAGCAUUUUUUCUAUAGUAGGAAUAGUUACAUUGAUAGCAACUGUGAAGCCAUAUUUUCUCAUAUACGUGGGUAUCAUAACUGUUAUCUUGGUACUAACAGCGAUGGUAUAUCUACCAACUGGGCGAAGUUUGAAGCGACUAGAAGCGUCUACUAGAAGUCCGAUGAUUGGUCACCUCAACGCAACCUUUGAAGGGUUGACGACCAUAAGAGCUUAUGAGGCUGAAUGCAUUCUGAGGGAUGAAUUUGAUAGACAUCAGGACUUAUAUACCUCAGCACAUUUUACCUCAAUAGUGGGAAUAAGAGCUUUCGCAUUCUUUAUGGACAUGAUGUGUGCAGUUUUUCAAGUUGCUGUUGUGUCCAGGUUCAUCUUUGUAGAUACAGAUACAAGCGCUGGAAAUGUAGGACUAGCAUUAACACAAGUUUUCAUGCUAGGUGGCAUCAUACAGAACGGUGUGAGAUCCUUUGCAGAGCUAGAAAAUCUGAUGACCUCAAUGGAACGUGCAUUAGAGUACACGUCAAUCCAAAUGGAACCAGCAGAAGGGACUACCCACCAAAAUUGGCCAAACCAAGGUUCCAUAACAUACGACAACGUUUCAUUAACCUACAACAAUAACGAAGUAGUGCUCAGAAAUUUGGAAUUCAGAGUUGAGUCCGGGCAGAAAAUAGGAAUCGUAGGUAGAACUGGAGCUGGAAAAUCUUCUAUAAUAUCUUCGAUAUUCAGGCUCUAUGAAGCAGAAGGUGUCAUCUCCAUAGAUGGUGUCAACAUAAAGAGUCUAGCACUCAAAUUCCUCAGAAGAAACCUAGCUAUUAUACCUCAGGAUCCAGUACUAUUCUCUGGUUCUCUCAGAGCCAACUUGGAUCCUUUCAGAGAAUACGAGGAUGAGGAGUUAUGGUCUGUACUAGAAAAGGUACACAUAAGAGAUACAGUCAGUGACCUGAAUCAGGAGAUCACGAGCAACUGUACAGCAUUAAGCUUGGGACAGAAGCAGCUGAUCUGCUUGGCCAGAGCGAUAUUACGCAAGUCGAAGAUAGUUAUUCUCGAUGAAGCUUCUGCGAAUAUGGACCAGGACACUGAUGGGUUGCUCCAAGAAACGAUCAGGUUGAACUUCAAGGAUUGUACUGUUUUCAAUAUAGCGCAUAGGUUACAGUCGGUUUUGGGGUGUGAUAAAGUUAUGGUUCUUGAGAGGGGGGAAAUUGAAGAGUACGAUACACCUGAGAGUCUUCUGAGGAAUCGGCAUGGACGAUUUUAUAAAAUGGUCAAGCAGGCUGGAUUACUCGAGCAGUUUAGUGACAGAUAGCAUUGAAUAUUGUGGGAAUGAUUGUUUUUUGUACGAUUUGCAAUCGAUUAUAUUCUGUUUUAAGCUUCGAAUUGAAUGAAUCUACAUUAUUUUAUUGAAAUGCUUGCAAUAUGAAUAUUUAUCCAGAAUUUGGUCAUUACUACCAAAUACUGGCUUGACUGUAUAGAUACUUUGAAUGACCUUUCCCUUGUUUAAUAUCGACUUGGAAUUCUUGGAAUACCUUGGUAUACUUAUUGUAUCAUCCACUGAGCUC